UCAAAACAAAAGGGGAUAUGCAUGAGAGUGAGAAUGGUACUACGCAUCAGUGCUCCUUUAUUCAUUGCUAUCUCAUAAGCUAGUGAGAGUGGUACCUGCAGUCUCUUCCUCCACCCAUCCAUAGAUCUCUAGAUGGCUUCCAUGAAUCCUAUGAUCAGCACACAGUGAGUUCAAUAUAGGGCUUUCUCAUUUAGAAGAAAAAACAUGGCUUUGAUACUCAAACUUGAUGAUGAAGCCCCUUCAAUGGUGUCCAACGUCUUAACCCUUGUUGUUCAAAGGUUGAAGAGGGAAGAAAGCAAGUGUACCCAGCUAGACUCUCACUUUUUUGAUUGGAAGGUUAUUGUUGGGCCUUGUGACUGGGAGGACCAUUCAGCGAACAAGGAUGGGGCUGAAAGGUACAGAGUUCAUAAUCUGCCUAGCGAUGAGAGUCCAGGAGUGUAUGAACUUGGCGUUGCUGUUUUACCUAGUGGCUCAGGCCGUGUUAUUAAAGCGGAUCAAAUUGUUCCGGUUUAUGUUGGACAGGCUGAUAAUGUAACGACCAGACUUCGGCAGUAUGGCCGGACAGGGGCUCAUUUGGGGAAGUCAUGCUCAUUUGGGAAUCGGUAUGAGCUAAUCUGCAAGGGGCCUGGAUUGUUUCAGCAGAUGCUGGCAAGAGGCUACACCAUUGUGUAUAGAUGGGCUCCUGUAAGUUUGAUCUAUGAUAUGAGAACCAAAAGUGAGGCGCUGAGAGCAGAACGGAUGCUGCUUGACACAUUUGAUUACGCAUGGAAUACAAGAUCAAAUGCGUCACGGCGCCAUGAUGAUGUCCUUCAGAAACUUGAGAAACUUGAGAAAAAGUCCUCAAAACUAACCCGAUUUACUACUAUUGUCCCAAGGCAUCUACCUUUCGGACAGAAGCAAGUUGGUAUUAGAAUAAAGUCCAGCAAGAUGACUUCAACUGAAGGAAAGUUCAGUGACUAUGCUGAUAGGGAGAGCAGGAAUCUCAUACCUCAAGUUAUCAAGCUUGGCAGAUCACAGCCUAGGUUACUUUUGGAUGGAAGUGGGAUUAGUCAUGAAAAUACCAUAGUUUGUGGGGUGGCUGUUGGUGAUGCGUCCAUAUGUACCAAGGCACCAGUUCAAGGAAGAAAGAGGUGUGCUGAACACAAAGGGAUGAAGAAUACUGGAUCGACUACAGCUAGCAACAGAGAGUUUGUUUCAUAUGAAAGUCGCAGUAUUAGGGAGUACACUGAAAUUUGUGGGGCGGCAGCAAGUGAUGGCUCUACCUGUAAAAGUCCUCCAGUUCAAGGAAGAAAGAGAUGUGAUGAACACAAAGGAAUGCGGAAUACUGGAUCGACUACAGCUAGCAACAGAGAGUUUGUUCCGUAUGAAAGUCGCAUUCCUAGGGAGUACACUGAAAUUUGUGGGGCGGCAGCAAGUGAUGGCUCUACCUGUAUAAGUCCUCCAGUUCAAGGAAGAAAGAGAUGUGCUGAACACAAAGGAAUGUGGAAUACUGGAUCGACUACAGCUAGCAAGAGAGAGUUUGUUUCAUAUGAAAGUCGCAUUACUAGGGAGUACACUGAAAUUUGUGGGGCGACUACAGUUAAAGGGUCUGCUUGUAGAAGACCUCCAGCUCCAGGAAGAAUGAGGUGCGCCAUGCACAAAGGGAUGAGGAGUUGGUAGUAAUUAGGAUAUCACUCAUAUCAGAUACGAAUGUGGAAUCAAAAUGCAGUGUUUUCAGCAACAAAGAGUUUUGAUAGUCAUUACGCAUCAAAUGUGUGAGAUACGAAGUAGAGCUUCCACCAAUUCUGCGUCGAUAUGUAGAAUAUUCAUCUUGGCUGGUGGCUGUCCUUGUAGAACAGAACCAAUUCAAGCAAGGGAAAGGGGGGAUGCGCUCAAAGCGAGGGAGAAGGAUCCAGAAAUCCAAUAUUCUUGAAUGUCU